AUGUCAUACUCGAACCCCCAGUCUGUCGCUGCCUCCGUUUCCCCCUCCACCUCCAACAUCCACGACCGAUUCCGUAGCGCUCGCCGCGAGUCCUACUCCGACAUCCGUCGUCCCAAGAUCCUCCACCCCCUCGAGAACGAGAACCUACGCCUGUUGAUCCUCGAGAACAUCAGCCAGGAUGCUGUUGCCCAUUUCAGGCAGCAGGGAUACCACGUCGAUCACUCGACAAAAGCCAUGUCUGAGGACGAGCUCGUCGAAAAGAUCGGCCAGUAUCAUGCCAUCGGUAUUCGCAGCAAGACAAAAAUAACCGAACGGGUUCUCAAAUCAGCUUCCAAGCUCCUCGUCAUUGGUUGCUUCUGCAUUGGCACCAACCAAGUUGACCUGGGUGCUGCCGCCAGGGCAGGAAUCCCUGUCUUCAACUCUCCUUUCUCCAACUCGCGCUCAGUCGCAGAGCUCGUUAUGGCCGAGGUUGUCGCCCUCUCGCGUCAGCUCUUCGAACGUUCCUACGAACUCCGCACAGGCAUCUGGAACAAGCAAUCCAAAGGUUGCUGGGAGGUGCGCGGAAAGACCCUCGGGAUCGUCGGCUACGGCCACAUCGGCUCGCAGCUGUCCGUCCUCGCAGAGGCCUUCGGCAUGCGCGUUGUGUUCUACGACAUUAUCAACAUCAUGCCCCUCGGCUCAGCGCGUCAACUCGACACCCUCGCACACCUCCUUUCCGAGUCCGAUUUCGUUACCCUCCACGUUCCAGAGCUGCCUGAGACGAUCAACAUGAUUUCGAAGGAGCAGCUCGCGCAAAUGAAAAAGGGUUCUUAUCUUAUCAACAAUGCCCGUGGCAAGGUCGUCGACAUCCCUGCGCUCGUUGACGCCCUCCAGUCGAAGCAUGUUGCAGGUGCUGCCCUUGACGUCUUCCCAUCGGAGCCCGGCUCCAACGGUGCACCCUUCGAUGACCAGCUGAACUCCUGGGCCAGUGUCCUGAGGGCACUCCCAAACGUCAUCCUCACCCCGCAUAUCGGUGGUUCGACAGAAGAGGCGCAAACCAUGAUCGGACAGGAGGUUUCACAGGCGCUCUCCCGCUACCUGAACUUCGGAUCGACCAACGGCGCCGUCAACUUCCCCGAGGUCGACCUGCGCGCCAUCCCUGCCGAUGUGGUCAGCCAGAUUCGCAUCUGCCACGUCCACAAGAACCAGCCUGGUGUUCUCAAACAGGUCAACGACGCGCUCUCGCCGUAUAACGUCGAGAAGCAGUACUCGGAUUCCAAGGGCGAAAUUGCCUAUGUCAUGGCCGAUAUCGCGGAUGUCAGCUUCAAGGAGCUGCCCAACCUCAAGGAACGUAUCAGCUCGACGGAUGCUAAUAUUCUUACUAGAUUCUUGGCUUAA